AGACUAUAUAGACUAUUAGAGUACUAGAACUAGCCCAUUUACCGCUCGUCACUCAACACUCACUAUAGUCACCACCAAUCGGCCAUCACCGUUCAUCACCACCAUUGAUUCACUACCUAACUACUCAUCACACAAUAGAUAACACUCGCCACUUUAGUACUUUAGUGGAUACUUAUUACUUAGUAGUUAGUACUUACUCCUUGCUAAUCGCCAGUGUAAAAUAAUUUAAGUAUGAUGUCCAAUGCUAUAAAUGCUAUAUGUGAACAUUACAAUAUUUUAUUUAUAAAUUCUUUUUUACCUGUAACUUGUUUAUUAAGUACAUCUUAAAUUCAAAAUUAUAGUUUCUGAAUUCAACUGUGUAUUACUUUGAUGAGUUUGAAUAAUUGUUAUGUUUCAUGUCUAAUAAUAAUGUUAACAUUACAAUAAGUAUAAAGUGUUACAUUUCAAAUAAUCCUAAUCUAUGUUCGCUUUUGGAAUGGAGUUAAUAUUUAAUAAUCCUCUUUGAAAUGUCAAAGAAAAAGAUAAUUACAUAUAUUUAUACAACUCGCCAAUUUUCACUAGAAGAUCAAAACAAGAAUCAAAUAUCAAGGAAAAACAUAAUUCCAACAGUUAAUGUUAAUAAAACUACUACAUAUAUUUAAAGGACACAAAUCAUAAUAUAAUGUUUACAACCUAUCUGACUACAUUGGUUGUUUUUGCUGGAGAAAAUUUACUUCAUAAAGAAUAAAAGAAACAUUAAGAACUAAUUUCUAUUGAACAAGAAGAAGAAGAAGAAAAAGAAGAAGAAACUAAUAUUCAAAGUGAUUUGUACAAGUGUCGUCAUUGUUCAGUGAAAAGUUUACCUACCACAGUAUAAAGAAAGUUGUAGAGUAUAAUAUUUCUUAAAAAUUGGUUGUGCCAUUUGAUGAUAGGAAAAUUUACCAGAUUCAUUUUCAUUACAUUAACUACUCAAUGCAAUGGCAGACACAGAAAUUGAACAGAUAAAUGAAACUGAUUUAAGUGUUAAAUUAAAUGGUAGUAUUCGUGCCAAUACUGAACAACUUAAACAAUCGAUUGAAUCACGAAAAGCCAAUAAAAUGAUUGAUAAAAAUGAUCAGAAUCGUGGUUCUAGUUUAAAUUCUGAUAAAAGUUGUGUAGAAAGUAGUAAAUCUUUAUCUAACUGUAGUAAUGAUGUUGAAGAUGAUUACUGUGAAAUAAAUGAUGAAGAUAACGACAGUGAAGAUGAACAUCAAAUUAAUAAUACAGAUUGUAAAUCAGAUAAUAGUAUUAUUGAAGAUGAACAGACUCUUGACAGUGAAAAUGCAACCAUGAAUAGUGAUGAUUUGUGUGAUGCAGAAAACAGUUAUAAUGGUACCAAAGAAAUAAAUAGCAAUGACAAUGAAGAACAAAUGGAAGUUGAUGAUUCAGUAGAAGAACAAAAAACAGAAGAUGAUGAACAAAUGGACGACGAAGAGGAAGAUGAAGACGAAGACGAAGUUAGAAUAAUUGAUCAAAAUGAUACUGAAAGUAGGUCAAAUGAGAUAAAAAAAUCAUUAGAAGAUUCUAAAAUCAAUCUUGAUAAAUCUGUGACUAUUGUUAAAGUUCCAGACCCUAAGCAAAAUUUAGGUAGUAGUAAUAAAAAAAAAAUGAAAAGUUUACCUGACAUAACCUUAACUCCGCGUAGAAGUACACGGAAUAUAAACAAACUUAAAAGUUUUAGUGAUAAAGACGAAGAGAAGAAAGAUAGUAUAGUAACAGAUGAUAACACUAAAAUUUCACCUCAAAAACCACCAUCGCUUACCAAACCAAUUGUUGUUAAUGAUACUAAAAAAUUGGUGGAAAUUGCUGCUGGAACAAAACAAAAAAGUAAUAAAAAAGAACCAACUUUAGUUAUCAUUGAUACUAACAUGUUAACAGGGCGAAGUAACUUACCUAUAGCGGUAUCUGUGCAAUCAAACACUUCAAGUAAUGCCAUGAAUGUCACUCAAACAGUUAGUAAAACAAUUCAAAAUUCCUAUAAUCGAGUGCAACACUCACAGACUACUAUCAAACCCUUUAUAUUAACUACUACACCAACUCCUAUUACAGCUCCUACAAAUGUUCCCAAACCUCCAAUUAUAUUACCAACUCUAACUGAUGAUAUGUUUGUUGUUGAAGCUCCAUCUUUUAUUGUGCCUUAUGUAUAUGAAAAGCCACCCAAAAAACCAUUAAAAGAAUUUGUUGAAAAAAUUGUAAAAAUAAAAGUUAAUAAAGGAGAUGAAGCCGAAAAUCAAUGCGAAGAAUCUUCAGAUAAGAAAAAUGGAAAUAAUCAGAUAGAAAAAUACAAUAAAAAAUUAGAUACUAUUGAAAAGAUGGAUGUUGAUGAAUCAGAAAAUGAAGUAUCUGUUCAUGAGAAAAAAUUAGAUGGUGGUAAAGAUUCUGGUCCUAAAAAUAAUGAAAAUGGUGAUGUACAAAUGUUAGUAGAAGAAUCAGAAAGUUCUAAAAAAGAUGACUCUAAAUCCAAAAAUUUGUCUGAAUCAACAGAUUUAAAAAAAAGCGAUAGCAUUACCGAUCUCACUGUUGAAUCCGAUGAAAAGAAAACUGAUAUUGCUAAGCCAAAGAUUCAAAGUUCCAAUUACUUUGAAAAUCCGUUAGGCAAGUUUUUCAUGCAAAUAGGUGUAAACCUUGUUCAAGAGCAUGUUCAACUCGAUCUAUUACGUACUCAAAGAAGAAAAAGAGAUCGUGAAGGUGAUAAAUGUCCCGAAGAAGUUCAUAUGGCUAUUAGUUCUUUAAUUAAAACUUUAGAGUUUAGUAAAGAGAAUAAUGAUCCAUUCCAAUUUGGCUUAAAAAAAUGUGAACUGUGUAAUUUUAAAUCUGAAUCAAGUUUAGUAAUGGCUCAUCAUUUAGAAACUCCACAUAUGACAGCCAAUUACUGUUAUAGAUGUAAUUUCUGUACUUUCCAAGUACGCAGUCCUCAUGAAAUAUUACAACACAUGGAUACACAUAAUAUUAGAGGGCGUUUAGAAAGAGGUCCAGCUUUGCACCAAUGUCCAAGUUGUCCAUUUGAAGAUAGUUAUAAGGGUAAAUUAACCAGGCAUUUGAUUUCUUGUUCGAAAAAAUAUCGACCGGAAAUCAAUCAGGCACCUCCAUUAGACUGGGAACCUCCCGCAAAAAUACCAAGGGUAUUACGUAAUAAACCUUCAAUGAGUCCUGGUAAUGCUGUUUACCAAGCAGCGAUGUCUGGAUUUAAACAAUUUCCCAAUCCUAAUAUGUUACAAUUACAACAACAACAAUAUAAUAAAAUGGUUCUUGCAUCUGGUGUUAGAGCUCGUGGUCGUACUGUUUUACCAGGACAGCGAUUUCCAGGAAUGGUGCCUUCUUUUCCAACUACACUGCCAAAUCAAACUUCAGGAGGAAUUUUACUUAAGAAUACUAGUAUUAAACCAAUCAAUCAACCAAUUAUUGUCCCUACACCUUAUUCAAUGAACAAUCACACAUAUCAGCAAAAUUCAAAUAGUAGUAAAUCUGUUCAACAGCCAAGUAUAUCUAUAACACCUUUGCCUCGAUCGUUUCCAUCAAAUAGCACACAGUCAGCUUUUGUGUCUACCAUAUCUAAAUCCAAACCCCAACAAACUCAGUCGUCAUCCACUUCAACUAAUAGUAGCAACAAACCAACUUUUGUAAUAUGUGAAAUAUGUGAUGGCUACAUAAAAGACUUAGAACAGUUGCGUAACCAUAUGCAGUGGAUACAUAAAGUUAAAAUUCAUCCAAAGAUGAUAUAUAAUCGACCACCACUUAACUGUCAAAAGUGUCAGUUUAGAUUUUUUACUGAUCAAGGUCUUGAAAGACAUUUACUAGGGUCACAUGGUUUAGUCACAUCUAGUAUGCAAGAAGCUGCUAACAAAGGCAAAGAUGGCGGAAGAUGUCCAGUAUGUGGUAGAGUUUAUCAAUGGAAGUUAUUAAACCAUGUAAGCCGUGACCACUCUAUAUCAUUAAAGCCAGCACAUUUAUCUUACAAAUGUACUGUUUGCACUGCAACAUUUGGCAUGUAUAAACAGUUUGAAAACCAUGUAUAUUCGGCACACAGUAAUGUAGCUAAAAACUCGAACAAGAAACCUCUUGGUAAUCAACCUGUAGCAUCUUCAUCGUCUUCGUCAACUUCUAUAACAUCUACACCAAAGCCAUUAAAAAUAAAUGAUGAAAUUACCAUAAUACCACAACCACCUAAGAUUCAAAAUUUGUCUGUUAAAAGUAGUAAUAGUAAUAAACCAGUUACAUCAACUGGGAAACAAAGUUCAACUCCAACAGCAAAAGCCAAGGUGUAAAUGAAAAAUAAUAUGGAGCUAUUUGAUUUUUAGUUUUGAGUUUUGAAGAACAUGGAAGAUAUCAAAGAUUGUUUGCUUAUCCAGUUACUCGAGUUAUUUUUAAUUUUGUUAACGUUUUAUCAGGUCAAAAGAAUGACAGGUAACAUAAUUAAUUAUAUUCGAAUUUAAUUAUUCGCCAAUUAUAAUUUUUAUAAAUAUAAUGGAUAUUAUUAUUGUUGAUUUCAAAAUUGUAUUCUGUUUUUGACUACGACAAACAGUGUGUAGACCUAUAUUUAAUUAUAUUUUACUGAAAUGUAAUCUAUGAAUAUACAAUUUGUUAUAAAUAUUACUAAUUAGAAAUAAUUUUAUAUUAACGUUAUUCCCCAGAAUAUUAUGUAUAUUAUGUAUCAUCUAUCCAUGACUGUAAAUAACAAUAUGUUUAUUUUCUCA